GGAGAAGUGUUAUUUCAUUAACCAAAACAAACAAAAAAGAGUCGAAGCCUUGAAACGAGAGAGAGAAAUGGCGACGUCGGGAACAUACGUGACGGAGGUUCCAUUGAAAGGGACGGUGGAGAAACACUACAAGAAGUGGAGAAGCGAGAACCAUGCCAUCCCGGAAGCCAUCGGUCACCACGUCCAAAAUGUAACCAUUCACGAAGGGGAAUGGGACUCUCACGGGGCCAUCAAGACUUGGGACUACACAUGCGAUGGGAAGCCGGAGGUGUUCAAGGAAAGGACAGAGAUAGACGAUGAGAAGAGAACGGUGACGUUUACAGGACUUGAAGGUCACUUCAUGGAACAACUCAAGGUGUAUGUCGUCAUCUUUGAGUUUAUUCCAAAAUUGGAGGAUGGCUGCGUCUGCAAAAUCACUAUGAUAUGGGAGAAGCGUAAUGAUGAGUUCCCCGAACCAAGCAACUACAUGAAAGUCGUCAAGAGCAUGGUUACUGACAUGGACGACCACGUUCUCAAAGCUUAAUCAUCAUCAUCAUCAUCAUCAUCAUCAUCAUCAUCAUCAUCAUCAUCAUCAUCAUCAUCACCAUCACAACCCACCAUCAUUAAUUCACCAUCACAAUCACCGUCACCAUGAUCAAUAUCAUCUCCAUUACAAAAUACUUACUAAGAUGCUUUUCAAUUCAAUAAAUGGGGUCUUGCUGAGUUUAUUUCUUUGAAGACCAUUCUCUGAUAUGUACUCUUCUGGUCAUCGACCGGUUUGAUAUGUUUUGUUUACUUAUCAAUAUAUUCCAGUGUUAUUAA